CUCUCACACACCCCCGGCCUCUUUCUCUUCCAAGUGAGCCCUGCGCCAUGCUCGCCUCGUUGAGGUACCUCGCGGGCACGGCGGGGCCGAGCGGCUUCGGCUCGCGCGCCACCGCGGACGAGGUCGUCUCUUCCGCCGCCGGUCAAGGCGACGGCGGCGACCUGGGCCACAUCACGGCGAUCGUGACGGGCGCGACGUCGGGGAUCGGGGCGGAGACGGCGCGCGCGCUGGCGAGGCGCGGGGCCCGGCUGGUCGUCCCGGCCCGCAGCCUCAAGGCGGCCCACGAGGCCCGGGCCCGCCUCCUCGACGGCGGCCCAUCCGAUCCGGGCCGGAUCGUGGUGCUCCCCGGCCUCGACCUCAGCUCCCUCGCCUCCGUCCGCCGCUUCGCCUCCCGCUUCCUCGCCCUCGGCCUCCCCCUCAACCUCCUCAUAAACAACGCGGGGCAGUUCGUGGAGCGGCUGGGAUUGACGGAGGACGGGGCUGAGACGACGUUCGCGACGAACUACCUGGGACACUUCCUGCUGACGAGGCUGCUGCUGCCCAAGAUGGCCGAUACGGCGAGGGACACCGGCGUCCAGGGCCGCGUCGUCAACGUCUCCUCCACCGUCCACGCCUGGUUCUCCUCCAGCUCCGGCACCGGCGACGACGACGAAGACGAUGGCCCCAUCAUCGGCUACCUCAACCGCCUCACCAGCAAGCAAACGCCGUACGAUGCGACGCGGGCCUACGCGCUCUCCAAGCUCGCCAACGUGCUCCACACCAGGGCGCUCGCCGACCGCCUCAGGGAGAUGGACGUCAACGUCACGGCUAACUGCGUGCACCCCGGGAUCGUCAGGACACGGCUCAUCCGCGACCGCGCCGGCAUCAUCACCAAUACGGUCUUCUUCCUGGCGUCCAAGCUCCUGAAGACCGUUCCUCAGGCUGCGGCUACGACUUGCUACGCGGCGGUGCACCCGGCGGUGGCGGGGGUGUCAGGGAAGUACUUCGCCGACUGCAACGAGGCGUCGCCAUCCAGGCUGGCGUCCAGCGGUGAGGAGGCCUCCAGGCUGUGGAGCUUCUCUGAAGGCAUCACUGCUAAGGAGAAGGAGAACGAAAGUGUUCUUGUCACCAGCUUCAGGUUCCAGGUUCAGAAUUCCAACGCCGACCGCGGCAUGGCUGUCGCCUAGGAGCACCGGGAUUCAUUCAAGGCCCCGCAAUUUUGAUCGCUGGCGGAGGAACAACUUUACAGGAGCUGGAAAAAUGGAAGUGAGAUGUUAGUUUCGGAAAUUACAGAAGAUUUAGCAGUAGUAGCAUAUAUGUAACAGUCAACGAAAAGUAUACCUGUAAAUACACACCAUAUUGUAUACUGUCAGUGUAAUGUUAGUGUGUUUCUGAGAGCCUUCUAUGCAAAGAUCAACAUGUCACAUUUUCUUCCC